UCAGUCACGGUCGUUCUCCGCUGUGAGAUGGACGUAGUCGCGCAUUAGCCAACAAAACUUUCUCUUUCCAGUCGCGAUCGCUUGUAAACAAAGACAACAUUGCGUUGAAUGAUUCAAUUCAAUGAUUUAUGUUUUUACUUGUAAUGUAAACGAUUGUUACGUUUUUAUAAAUGUGUUUGGUGUAAGUUUUCCUGACUGUUGAAUUGUUUUAAUAUAUCUCUGCUGACUUUUAAUGGGUUGAGUCAACAUUAUCUGAUUACAAUCGUGUGACAAGUGCAUUUCGUUAAUUAAAGGAAGUUAUUGUGAUACGUGAUUUAUUCACCGAGAAAAACCCACUUAUGCAGUGAUUUUGAAAUAAACACAAUGGGAAAAGAUUACGGAGAGCCGAUACGAUACGACCCAGAUUUCAACGGACCAGUCCACAAUCGCUCAUGUACGGAUAUACUAUGGUUAAUAGUGUUUAUCCUAUUCCUCGGCGCGUGGGGAUACGUCGGCUAUUACAGCGCAACACGAGGUAGCGUGGAGAAGCUUCUGGCACCGAUCGAUUCAAGAGGUCGCCGCUGUGGCCUCGACUCAGGUUUGGAGGACAAGAAAUAUUUGAUGUUCUUCAACAUAGCGAAAUGUCUGUCACCCGGUACUCCUAUUACUGGAUGUCCCACCACUCAGGUUUGCGUUGAAAACUGUCCAAAAACUACAACUCUGAUUGCGAAGGAACUGGCUCAGAAUCCGAACAACUUCGAAAGUCUGAGAGCUAGCAUGGUGUGCGUUGACGAGGUCAAUACCCAAUCUAUGAGCAGCUCCCAAGCGCUGCAGUACAUGCAAGAAGAGAAAUGUGCCGGUUUUUUGCUGGCCAGCCAACCAGUGUUGUUCCGCUGCAUCGGGGACCUUUCAACUCUGCAGUGCAAGAGUUCGAACGCGAACACGGUGGCACGAGAUGAUGAAGCGUGUGUUCGCAAUCCGGAAGCGGCGCAGAAGACUUUGCUCAACAGCGCAACAGCUCUCGAUUCUUACGUGGGCUGGAUAGCUGCGAGCUGGGUGACAUUCUUGACGAGGAACGAACGUGAUACCCACAUUCUAUCUUCACAAAUAGUUCAGGAUUUGGUCCAGUCACGCUGGUAUAUGGCCGGUGCUUUAGUCGCUGUUGUCAUUCUCUGCUUCAUAUACAUUCUCCUUCUUCGGUGGGUGGUUGGACCAGUAGUAUGGCUCUCCAUAGCUGGCUUCUUGGCUCUUCUAGGUUUUGCCAUGUACCUUUGUUACAAGAACUUCGAAUACUACAAAGCGAAUCCUGUAGGGCUUUACCAGACCACAAAUCUGAAAGGAUACGCUCAGUCCAUAUUUGCUAAAUAUGAAACGUGGCUGGUUUUACUGAUCGCAUUGGCGAUAAUAUUUGUGAUACUUCUGUUGGUGGUGAUCUUCCUACGGAGCAGAAUUACAAUAGCGAUAGCUCUUAUACGCGAGGGAAGCAAAGCAGUGACGGCAAUCAAAACAACAGUACUAUUUCCAAUAUUCCCAUGGAUACUACAAUGCGGUGUCAUAGCAUAUGGAGUGCUUGUCCUCAUGUUUCUAAUGUCUAUUGGGGAUUCGGCUUUCCGUGUCGUCAACUUUAAAAAUGAUACAACUUGUGAUUGUGCUGGAAUUUACACAGAGGAAGGACAGGAAUGUAAUCCGGCAAAGUUCGUAUCGUCCUGUCGGGAUACCGCUUCUGUUGGAGGGGCGCUGCCAUGUUCAUUGGCGUCUUGCCACUUUACUGGUGUCAAUAAUCCUAACAAUAUCAUUUACUUACAUUUGGUCAACUUGCUGGGUUUCUUUUGGAUGAUGUCUUUCAUCAGCGGAGUCACGGACAUGAUGUUAGCAAGCACAUUCUCCACUUGGUACUGGACGUUCCGCAAGAAAGAUUUGCCUUUCUUUACUCUCACGUCAGGGAUUUACAGGACUCUUCGGUACCAUUUAGGUACAGUGGCUUUUGGCGCUCUGAUCAUUGCAAUAGUUCAAGUAAUCCGAGUAAUUCUCGAAUACAUUGAUCGGAAAGUAAAGAAGUUCGAUAACCCGUUAACACGAUGCAUAAUGUGUUGCUGCAAAUGUGCUUUCUGGUGUUUGGAAAGUUUCCUGAAGUUUGUGAACAAGAACGCAUACAUAAUGUGUGCGGUUCACGGAAAGAACUUCUGUAGGAGUGCCAGCGACGCUUUCUCCUUACUCAUGAGGAAUAUCGUGAGGGUUGUUGUGUUAGACAAGGUUGCGGACUUCAUAUUCUUCCUGUCGAAGCUCCUGAUUUCGGUAGGGGUUGGGUUUGCCGUGUUCUAUCUGCUAGAGUGGAACUAUGUGUACGAAGUGACCAAAGGACAGCGUCUGCACUACAACUACGUGCCAGCCAUCAUCCUCAGUGUUGCCACCUACCUCGUCAGCACUGUAUUCUUCAAUGUUUACUCCAUGGCUGUGGAUACUCUCUUCUUAUGCUUUCUGGAAGAUUGUGAAAGAAACGACGGCUCGCCGGAGAAACCGUAUUUUAUGUCGAAAAAUCUUAUGAAAAUACUCGGUAAGAGGAACAAGAAAAUGACGUGAGAUUACCAAUGCAUAAAUUGUUAUAUAUAUUUAAAACGGCUUCGAGUAUAACUGUAAAAACGUGAGUACGUUCAAUCGAUGUAGGUAUCGAGCAGUUUGCACCAAUGCUAGAGUGGGCGCGAACGCGACUUAUCACACUCGCCCCGUGAAGGGCCGGCGCUUGGACUGAAACUACUUACACUGGUUGAACGAGAGUGAAGCCGUUUAAAUAUAUACAUAUAGUUGAUAAUAUCUCACGAAAUUUUAAGAGUUGUAAAAAUUUAUAAUUGAAAUCAGAAUAUGCAAAUUCGUAUACAACGGUAGACUUGCAUAGUGUAAGUCCACCGUUAUAUACAAGUGUGGUAAUAAUUAGUUUAUGAAGUAAUAUAAUAAUUAAAAUAAUAAUUAUUGUAAUGCAACCGUAUUGGUAAAACAAUUUUUCAAAAUGUAAAAACAAUAAUCAUUUGGCUCAAUCACUGUCCCAAUAAUCAAGGUGCGAAAUCAAUUUAAGUAUAUAAUUUAAAACUUUUACCUUCUUUUAGAUAUAUAUACCUAUUUCAAUGUAAUUUUCAAGACUGUAGGUAUUAAAAUGAGAGCCAAUAUUGUAUAGUGUAUAGAUAUUGUACGAUUAAAAAAUUUCCAAAAUGAAAAAAAUAUAUAUUUGGCCUACUGUACAAUCUAUAAUUAUAGAAUUCUAAUUAUAUAAUUUUAUAAAACUUUUAUCUUCUUUAGAUAUAUAUACCUAUUUCAAUGUAAUCUUCAUAAAUAGUAGGUAUUAAAAUGAAGCCAAAUAUUACAUAGUGUGUAGGUAUUGUACGAUUUAGAAUUAAAAAAAAAAUAUUUGGACCAAUCACUCACUUGUCCCAAUAAUCUAGUUCAGUAAACUUUUUAUAUAAUUUUUUAAUACCAUCUUUUAGAUAUAUAUACCUAUUUCAAUGUAAUUUUCAAAAACCGUAGGUAUUAAAAUGAAAGCCAAAUAAUUUACAGUGUGUAUUGUAUAUAAAUACUACUUUUAUAAAAGGUGGUUUCCAGAAUUUUUUAUUGUUGUAAUAAUAAUUAUGUUCGGUGAUAUUUGUACCUUUAAUUAUUAUGAAUCCUGUUGUGUGCAAAGAUUGAAUGAUUACAUUUAUAUUGAAUUUAUUGUAAAAUGCAAUUUAUAUUUAAUAAAUCUUUUACAUUUCCUACUGUCUACAUAA